GAUCGCGGCCGACCCAGGUUCAAAGUCCCCUCCUCGGUGUUGCCGAAGUCCCCCGACCUUUACUUGCUGCUCUGAAGCGGCACCGAGUGGAUCUCCCCGCCGAAUCCGACUUCAAGCUACCCCAGCAAUGACGGCAUCCGUCCUCACCUGCAACCUCGGCUUCCACUCCCUCCCCUCCUUCCGCUGCCGCCGCCGCCGCCUUCUGUCCCAGUCUCUCCUCCCCACAACUCCCGCUUCCCCCUUCCGUCAAAGCUCUACCUUACCCUCCUUUCCAUCCGCUCCCCACAAGCCCUUUCCCGCCGGAUUGACGCCCACCUCCAACCAUGGCCGCCGCUCCCUAAUUCCCGUUGUCCGCGCCUCCGCCUCCGCCUCUGCCGCACCAGCCGCCGCCCCCGCUCCCUGGCAAGGCGCCGCUUUGAAGCCCCUCGCCGCCUCGAUUGCCACUGGCGUCAUCCUCUGGCUAGUUCCCGCCCCUUCCGGCGUCUCCCGCAACGCCUGGCAACUCCUCGCCAUUUUCCUCGCCACCAUCGUUGGUAUCAUCACGCAGCCUCUCCCUCUCGGUGCCGUGGCUCUGAUGGGCCUCGGCGCGUCCGUCCUCACGAAGACCCUCACCUUCGCGGCUGCCUUCUCCGCCUUCGGGGACCCCAUCCCCUGGCUCAUCGCCCUCGCUUUCUUCUUCGCUCGUGGCUUCAUCAAGACCGGCCUCGGCAACCGCGUAGCCUACCAGUUCGUCUCCCUCUUCGGGAGCUCCUCCCUCGGCCUCGGGUACAGCCUCGUCUUCAGCGAGGCCCUCCUCGCCCCGGCCAUCCCCUCGGUCUCGGCUCGGGCCGGUGGAAUCUUCCUCCCCCUGGUGAAGGCCCUCUGCACGGCGUGCGGGAGCAACGUGGGCGAUGGGACCGAGAACCGGCUGGGCUCGUGGCUGAUGCUUACUUGCUUCCAGACCUCCGUGAUCUCGUCCUCCAUGUUCCUCACCGCAAUGGCGGCGAACCCCCUCAGCGCUAAUCUUACCCAAAAUACCAUCAACCAGACCAUCGGUUGGACCGAUUGGGCGGUGGCAGCAUUUGUGCCUGGUCUGGUGUCGCUGGUUGUCGUGCCCUUGCUGCUCUACCUAAUCUAUCCACCAACAGUGAAGAGCAGCCCUGAUGCUCCAAAGCUUGCAAGGGAGAAGCUUCAGAAAAUGGGGCCGAUGACAAAGAACGAGAUUAUCAUGACGGGGACACUGCUUCUAACGGUGGGGCUUUGGGUAUUUGGAGGAACACUAAAUGUGGAUGCUGUAACUGCUGCAAUCCUCGGUUUAUCUGUUCUUCUCAUAACAGGUGUUGUGACAUGGAAGGAGUGUUUGGCAGAGUCAGUGGCAUGGGACACUCUUACUUGGUUUGCUGCACUUAUAGCAAUGGCUGGAUAUCUCAACAAAUAUGGUUUGAUCUCCUGGUUUAGUCAAACAGUAGUCAAGUUUGUAGGUGGCUUGGGUCUUUCAUGGCAGCUUUCUUUCGGCAUUCUGGUACUGCUCUACUUUUAUUCCCAUUACUUGUUUGCAAGUGGUGCUGCACAUAUUGGAGCUAUGUUCACAGCCUUCCUGUCAGUGGCGAGUGCAUUGGGCACUCCUCCUCUCUUUGCGGCAAUGGUCCUCUCAUUCCUCUCCAAUCUCAUGGGUGGGCUCACCCACUAUGGCAUUGGGUCUGCUCCGGUGUUCUACGGUGCCAACUAUGUCCCGCUUCCAAAAUGGUGGGGCUACGGAUUCAUAGUCUCUGUCGUCAAUAUCAUUAUCUGGCUCGGAAUUGGGGGUUUCUGGUGGAAAACCAUUGGCCUGUGGUGAAGGGAACUCCUGAAUUUCUUCUACGGAUCCAUCGUCGCCACUGUCAAUAUCAUUUAUCUUGCUCGGUGUUCCAUUGGCUUGUGGCAAAGAAAGCUUCUGAAAUUUUUUUCGCUUACUGCAUUAGUCUUCCUAGAGUUUUUGGAAUGCUCAGAAACCUUGGUUUCCUUUUUCCAGCUUUCAACAAAAUGAUUUACUUGGUGGUGUAAAAAGGUGUUGCUGGAGCUUAAGUUCCAUGGUUAUUGGACUGUAAAUUUUUCAUUCAAUCCGGCCAAGUUUCUGUAGUUCUACGUCUUGUUGAAAACCUGAAUAGAGAAUGGAAGUUAACAAUGAUGCUUUCACUCUCA